GGCACCGCGCACCGGGCACCGCUGCGCAGCGCGGGCGGCGGGCGCGGGGCACCAUGAUGAGCAGCUACGCGGACGCCGAGGAGGACACGGUGGCGCUGCUGGCUCAUGACAGCAGCGGCAGCAAGGAGCCGGAGCGCGGCAAGGAGGAGCUGAGCGCCGACAAGGGCCCCGAAAAGCCGGACCCCUCGCAGAAGCCCCCCUACUCCUACGUGGCCCUCAUCGCCAUGGCCAUCCGCGAGAGCGCCGAGAAGAGGCUCACGCUGUCCGGGAUCUACCAGUACAUCAUCAGCAAGUUCCCCUUCUACGAGAAGAACAAGAAGGGCUGGCAGAACAGCAUCCGCCACAACCUCAGCCUCAACGAGUGCUUCAUCAAGGUGCCCCGCGAGGGCGGCGGCGAGCGCAAGGGCAACUACUGGACGCUGGACCCCGCCUGCGAGGACAUGUUCGAGAAGGGCAACUACCGCCGGCGGCGGAGGAUGAAGCGGCCCUUCCGGCCGCCCCCGACCCACUUCCAGCCCGGCAAGACCCUCUUCAGCCCCGACAGCUACGGCUACCUCUCCCCGCCCAAGUACUUGCAGUCCACCUUCAUGAACAACUCGUGGCCGCUGGCGCAGCCCCCCGCGCCCAUGCCCUACGCCUCCUGCCAGAUGUCUGGCGGCAACGUCAGCCCCGUCAAUGUGAAAGGACUCUCGGGCCCGGCCUCCUACGGCCCCUACUCGCGGGUGCAGAGCAUGGCGCUGCCCAGCAUGGUGAACUCCUACAACGGCAUGGGCCACCACCACCACCCGCACGGCCACCACCCGCAGCAGCUGAGCCCGGCCAGCGCCGCGCCGCCCGCCGCCCCCGCCGCGAACGGAGCCGGCCUCCAGUUCGCCUGCGCCCGGCAGCCCGCCGAGCUCUCCAUGAUGCACUGUUCCUACUGGGAGCACGACGGCAAACACAGCGCCCUGCACUCCCGCUUGGACAUCUAGCCGCGCUGCGCCGGGCCCGCCCGCGCCCCCGCUCGGCCUCCGCCGCCGCGGCCUCGG